CAGACGGCAGCGCGUGCGGGGAGGGAGCGGGCCGCCUUUCCGGCCGCGGCGAGGAGCGCGGCUGCGGGGCUUGCAGCAAGAUGCUCAAGGUAGCAGCCUUCGUGUGCGUGUGUGCAGCAGCCUGGUGCAGCCCGGCGCUGGCGGCGGCGGCGGCGGCCGGGGGCAGACCGGACAGCGGCAAUUUUCUGGACGAUAAACAAUGGCUCACGACGAUCUCCCAGUAUGACAGGGAGGUCGGGCAGUGGAACAAAUUCCGAGACGAUGAUUAUUUUCGUACAUGGAGUCCGGGUAAACCAUUUGAUCAAGCUUUAGAUCCAGCUAAAGAUCCAUGUUUAAAGAUGAAAUGUAGUCGCCAUAAGGUCUGUGUUGCACAGGAUCAACAAACUGCUGUUUGCAUUAGUCACCGAAGGCUUACACACAGUAUGAAAGAGGCUGGUUUAGGCCAUAAACAGUGGAGGGGUGGUCCCAUUUCCUCAAACUGCAAGCAAUGUCCAGUAGUUUAUACCAAUCCUGUUUGUGGAUCAGAUGGUCACACAUAUUCUUCUCAGUGCAAAUUAGACUAUCAAGCCUGUGCCUCAGGAAAAGUGAUCUCGGUGAAAUGCGAAGGACGUUGCCCUUGCCCUUCUGACAAAUCCACAAAUGCAGGCAGAAAUGAUAGAAGAGUGUGCAGUGACCUGGAAUUCAGGGAGGUUGCAAACAGAUUGAGAGACUGGUUUAAGGCACUUCAUGAAAGUGGAUUUCAGAAUAAGAAGACUAGGAUUCUACAAAGACCUGAAAGAAGCAGAUUUGAUACCAGCAUUUUGCCAAUUUGUAAAGACUCCCUUGGCUGGAUGUUUAACAGGCUUGAUACAAACUAUGACUUGUUGUUGGACCAGUCAGAGCUUGGAAGCAUUUACCUUGACAAGAAUGAGCCAUGCACCAAGGCAUUCUUCAAUUCUUGUGACACCUACAAGGACAGUUUGAUAUCUAACAAUGAGUGGUGCUACUGCUUCCAAAGACAGCAAGACCCACCUUGCCAGACAGAACUCAGCAACAUUCAGAAGCAGCAUGGAGGAAAGAAGCUCCUAGGGCAGUACAUUCCCUUAUGUGAUGAAGAUGGGUAUUACAAGCCAAGUCAGUGCCAUGGAAGUGUAGGGCAAUGUUGGUGUGUUGACAGAUAUGGUAAUGAAGUAACAGGAUCCAGAAUAAAUGGUGUGGCAGAAUGCGCUAUUGAUUUAGAGACUUCAGGUGAUUUUGCCUCAGGUGAUUUCCAUGAAUGGACGGAUGAUGAAGAUGAUGAAGAUGAAAUAAUGAAUGAUGAAGACGAAAUUGAGGAUGAUGAUGAAGAUGAAGGAGAUGAUGAUGUAGAUGAUGACGAUGAUCAUGAUGGAUAUAUUUGAUUAUAUUAGGGGUCAAUUAAUUGUACCUUUCUAAAAUUCACAAAGUGACAUCUCAUAAAAUCCCUUUACUCUGCAAGAUCAAAAGGAUUCUAACAAACAUGUAUAUUUUGUAUGAUUAUUACAAACAUUGCCGCUGGAGUCAUAGACUUUUUUGUUUAAAUAAGAAUCAUUAUAUUAUGUGCUCUUGAGUUUUUAAAUGCCUUUGCAGUGAAGAAAACACAUUGGAAGUCUAGCCUGAAGAAAGAAAUUAGAUAUGCUACUGAAAAUAUAAAUGUGCAAAAAAUGCUAUAAAGACAACCAGACUUUUUAAAACUUCCAUGAAAAGGAUAUUUGCCCUUAUUUGGAACUUUGUGUGUGCUUUUCGAAACACAUACGGUAACUUAACUUUAGCUCUGCCAAUGAUUUAGGCCCUUCAGGCUUUGCAAAUUGUGCAUAAAAUAAAUAAAUAAAUGUAUUACAGUAGAAAAACUUCAGUGCACAAGUAGCAUCUCAACAAUCUUUAAUUAACCAAAGGUAUAGAGAAGAGUUAACAGGAGGGAAAAAUAAUGCAAGAUCCUCCUUUGUGUUUGCAUUUGUAGUUAUGUUUUUAUUAGGAAAUGGAUAGGUUAUUGAAAGGAUUUUUCAAAAGCAGUAGCAUGGACAAGUAUUGAUUCUGUAAAUCUAAAGUUUUCUUGUCCUUCCUUCACUUUUUCUUUCAUAUUAAGCUCGUAUAGACUUUAUCAUUAUUUACUCAAGCAGUCAAAUUAUUUCGCCCUUUGUUGUUUCUCUGUCUCUCUCUAAUAAGA